UUGAGAGGUUGUGACCCCUGUGCCGGUGAGAUGGCGGCGGGAGUGAGGUUGUUGUUCGGCGUACGGAGGACUUUGUACGGCAGGUCGUCAGUGUUCACCUGCGCACAUCUCGGCAUGAGCACCCAGGCCGGGGCGCCCCCUGGCAGCAGUGAGCUGAAGUACAGGACGCGUGACCUGUCCCCACUGCUGCAGCUGAGAACCUGCGAUGAGUCCGUGUUCCCGCCGGAAUCCAGACCGUUGGUGGUGCUGUUUGGCUGGCUGGGCGCGAAGCCGCGAGGUCUGGACCGGUACCGGGACCUGUACACCGGCCGCGGCUGGGACGUGCUGACCGUCCGGGGUCAGCUGGCGCACUUCGCCUGGCCGCCACGGGCUCUCAGCUUCACGGAGGGGCUGCUGAGUUACCUGCAGGAGAGCACGGCAGAGCGGCGUCUGGUGGUGCACGCCUUCUCCGUGGGAGCCUACCUGUAUGCCAUCCUACUACUCCACCUGCAUCAACACCCAGAAAGGUACGGCCGUGUGAGGUCGCGGAUAAUCGGGCAGGUGUACGACAGUAUUGUCAUCGGUGGGCUGGACAAGAUGGCGACCGGUGUGGCGGAGGUGUCUCCUCUGCCAAACGCGGUGGUGAAGUCUGCGACCAUGGCGUACUUUGCGCUGACACGGCGCUACACCGUCGACACCUACAACCUGGCCAUCGAUGCCUUCCGAAACCAGCAGGUGUCUGCGCCCACACUGCUGUUCUACUGCGAGAACGACCCGAUGUCCCGUCCGGACGCCGUGCGCGAGCUGCUGCAGUACUGGCGGCAGACUGGGGUGGCGCUGCAGGAGCGCAGCUGGGCCAAGUCACGCCACGCGGGACACCUGGUGGUGCACAGGGAGGACUACCUGCAGGCACUGGGCAGUUUUCUGGAUUCACUACCGAUCAUGGUCAAGGCAAAAUUGUGAUAUGCACUUCUGUCUGCAGUCGCUAGGGUGCUUCCUGGACCGUUCACAGUCAAGGCCAGGCUGUGAUGCACUUCUGUCUGCAGUCGCUAGGGGGCUUCCAUGACUCACUACUGAUCACGGUCAAGGCCAGGCUGUGAUGUAGUUCUGUCUGCAGUCGCUAGGGUGCUUCCUGGACUCACUACCUAUCAUGGUCAAGGCCAGGCUGUGAUGCACUUCUGUCUGCAGCCGCUAGGGGGCUUCCUGGACUCACUACUGAUCACGGUCAAGGCCAGGCUGUGAUGUAGUUCUGUCUGCAGUCGCUAGGGGGCUUCCUGGACUCACUACCUAUCAUGGUCAAGGCCAAGUUGUGAUGUAGUUCUAACUGCAGUCGCUAGGGGGCUUCCUGGACUCACUACCGAUCAUGGUC